UUGGCUGACUUCUCCGUGUUUAUCCCAGUCCUCGUGGAAACGCCAGAGAAACUGCCCGUGAGUAGGUUAGUAGGAUCCCAAAUUGUGCAGUGUACAGACGUCCUUAGGAUUUCUCUCCCUCCUUCUCCCUCUCUCUCUCCCUCCUUUUUUCCUUUCAUUUUCUCUUUCUUUCACCAUCAAGAUCGGAGCUCCUUCCUUGAGCCAGCUGAUCCUCUGAAUGAAAAGUGAAAUUGUAUCCGAGGUUUGGCAGAACUAUGCAAAACCCCAAUAUCCAAGGUUGCAAAUUAUGUUCGUAAGUGAUCGUGAGGGGGACCUUUGACCGUGACCAGCAACGAAUCAGUUCUAUCCGAAGUGACCAGUGACAUCCAUCUUGGAGUGAGGGGUGAGGGGUGUGAGAGUGAAGAUGGUGGUUCGAGCCCGUGCUUUUGGCCACGAUGGCGUGGACACGGACUCUCCCGAGGCCAAAUAUUCGGGUCGACAUAAAGAGCAAUUCUCCCUUUGGCAGAAAGGUUGGAGGGAACUGGGUCUUCUGGGGAGCGCCACCUGUCGGAUCCUCAAAGGCCGAGGCUCCAACCUUGCGUAUCUAUUCAUUCCCGCGUUGAUAUCGAUCAUCUGGCUUAUCGUAUGCUUGCUCACCGUCAGGAGUCCGAGUCUCUCUUUAGAAGAGAGAUUUUCGCAGAAAAACCUAAGGGAAUAUUUCGAUGUCAAAACCUUUGAGGAUGGUAUACUUCACGUUGAAACUGUCCAUCAUGAGCCCAUUGAGAUUCCAGUGGGCGAAACUGUUCACGCAGUCAUUGCUAUGCCAUUUUUGGAUGUGAAUCCCCUUGGAGCUACCGAAUACAUUCAGACUCUGGAAUGGCUCCUGAUUUAUUGCACAGUACCAUUGACCCUCCACAUUAUCACCAACACGGACAGUAUUCCUUACGUGGAGAGGAUCGUGGACCGAGUCAACAAAACCGCCAGCAGCGAGUUCCAUGCCCAAAUCGUGUCUUUGGCCGACAUCAUGGAGGAGACUUCGAACAAUAUUUGUCCCAAGCUGACAGUGUCCGAGGAGUUUUGUGACAUCCUCAUGGGCAAGAUGACCCCUCUCUUGUUCCCAUAUCUCUUCCCUAAACUGGACCAUGCCAUAUACAUUGACCGUGAGAUAGUGUUCCAAGACGACAUCGGAUUCCUCUUCCAAACUUUGAACACUUCGAACAAUAUUUGUCCCAAGCUGACAGUGUCCGAGGAGUUUUGUGACAUCCUCAUGGGCAAGAUGACCCCACUCUUGUUCCCAUAUCUCUUCCCUAAACUGGACCAUGCCAUAUACAUUGACCGUGAGAUAGUGUUCCAAGACGACAUCGGAUUCCUCUUCCAAACUUUGAACACGAUGAAAAAGAAAUCAAAAGCUGCCUUGGGCCUAGCCCCCGAGCAGACGAAUACCUAUAUGCGGUCCUUUGCCGGAUGGCAAAGAGUCAACCCGACCACGAGGUUGGGUCGCCCACCGCCAGAGGGCAAACCGGGCUACAACCCCUCGCUCAUGCUUAUGGACUUGGAGAAGCUCCGAGCUAGUGUUCAGUUCAAGACCUACUUCAGUGAGAUCCGUUUGAACAAGCUCAUGAAGCAGUAUCUGUUUCACAGUAGUGCCGAUAUCCCCUCGUUGGGCGACAUCAUCAAUUUGAUGGCGGCUGACAACGAGAAUAUGUUCUACAACAUCGGGUGCGAGUGGAACAGGAACUCUCGUAGUUCAACGGAUCUGUUGGACAAAAAGUACAAUGUGUGUCCGGGGGUCAAUCAUAUCCGUGCUUGGCACGGCAACCCUGACCAAGAGCGCAUCUUGGCGGUGAAGGAGAAGAACAUCUCCGUGGGUCGACGGAGGGUGGUGGAUGAGGACGAGCUACUAAACAUGCCUUGAAGACACAGCCCGCCCAUUUCCUUAACAGUCUUACCUGAAUGUGGCUCGGAUCUGACUGCUAUUGUUGGUGUAGCCUUUAAACUUGCAAGUCAAGCUCAAAUCUCUCAAGUCAUAGAUGCGAAUGCGGCUGUCGUUCGACGUCACCAGAAUCUAAAGAAUACAAAGUAGCAGAAUUAUUUGAAGACGACAAGACUGCCGCGGAUUGAUUCCAUGAAAAGUAGUCAUUCUCAACUUGAAGUGCGUCCCAGUAAAUAUUUCGUGAAUGAACGAGCAAAUGAAACAACGGUUGAACUGAAUGCAGAACCAGUGCGAUACUACAAAAUAAACUCCAUUAUCUAUGCUAAUUCAUCCUCAAACUGUACCUU